AGAAGAAGAAGACGCGGGCGGAAGUGGAUAUGUUUACUGGCUGCAGCCGCGUCAGGCUUGUAAUGUAGCUUUAUGUCGUCAAAGAUGUCACUUGAGCUUUGAAUUACUUGCUGAAACAUUACUUGAAUAUACUAGUGGCUGCAUCUAAUGUAUUGGAAUCAUAAGGGGAUUCACAGUUGGCCUCGGCAAAGUAAUGAGGGAAAUGGACAAGAACGAGGACCUGGUCCCAACACGCAUCAAUAAAACACUGCUUAUCCGCCACCUGCCAGCCGAGCUCCGACAGGAUGAGAAAGAGGACCUCUUGAAGUAUUUUGGAGCCGAGUCGGUCAGGGUCUUCUCAAACACGGGUCGUUUGAAACAUGCAGCUUUUGCAACCUUUAGAAGCGAGAGGUCGGCAGCAAAAGCUCUCAGCAGGCUCCAUCAGUUAGACGUCCUUGAUCAUACACUCGUUGCGGAGUUUGCGAAAGGCCAAGAUCAUGUGACAGUAUUAAAGGACCCACCGGUGUCAAACAGUGGUAAACAUGUCAAGAAAGAGCAGAGGAAACAGGAGAACAAGCAGCCAAACAUUCCCCUCAUAGAGACCGGCAUUGCGCCUAACCUUGGGUUGACAUUUCAAUCGAAUCCAACUCUGAAAUAUUUAUACCCACCACCUUCGAAUGACAUACUGACAAACAUAUCGCAUGUCCUCAUGAGUGUGCCAAAGUUUUAUGUUCAAGUACUGCAUCUGAUGAACAAGAUGAAUUUGCCGUGUCCCUUUGGCCCGGUCACUGCCAGGCCCCCCAUGUUUGAGCUCCUGCCUCCCGCACCACCCAUGCCCAUGCCUCCUCCCUUCCCUCCCGACUACCCGCCUUUACCAGAGGAGGAGAUGGAGCUGUCCAGUGGAGAAGAAUCCGAGUACGAGAGCGGGGACGACGAAGACAAAGAGAGGAUUGUUCGUCUGAUGGGCCUGGUCAACCAAGCAUGCAAGAGACCCCUGAGACCAAAAACAGCUUCAAAGAGAAAGAAGCCCAAGAUCAAGGAUCUACUCUAUGCUCCCAAACCAGACUCUCAGAGUGCUCCAGUGCUGCAGCCCUCUGAUGUGUUUGAGCAGCCCCACCCCGCCGGCCAGAGGAAAAUCGAAUUCCACAUUUCGGUUCCAGAGGCAGCGGCCAUAGUGGAAGGAAGUGGGCCUGGUCAGCCUGACAAUGAAGGCGGAGAAGCGGAUGAGAGGAAGCUCACCCCCGGCAGCAGCAGCCAGGAGGUGGCGGAGGCGGAGGGCUUCGGGAAGCUUUACCCCAGCGCACCGGCGUCCCAACAGCAAGAGGAGCACAGCGGCGACGAGCAGGACCUCCCCUCAGACGUCAUCUCCAGGAAGGAACUGGAGAAAGGACGCCUGUCAAGAGACGAGAUAAAAAGGAUGUCUGUGUUUAAAUACUAUGAACCGGGUGAGCCUACCUGCAGACUGUACGUGAAGAACAUCGCAAAGCAAGUGGAAGAGAGAGACCUAAAGUACAUCUAUGGGAGAUACGUCAACCCUUCGUCAGAGGCCGAGAGAAACAUGUUUGACGUUGUGUUGAUGAAGGAGGGGCGGAUGAAAGGGCAGGCCUUCGUGGGACUCCCCAGUGAGCAGAGUGCAGAGAAAGCCCUGCGGGAAACCAACGGCUAUGUUCUCUACGACAAGCCCCUCAUCGUCCAAUUCGCCCGAUCUGCCAAACCAAAAGAAGACAACACGGUUACCAAGAGAGGACCAAAGCAUCGAUGAACUCAGCAGGUGAUGGUCGUCGGAUGUCAUCUUCGUCUUUUAUUACUAAAUAAAAAAAGCUAUUUUAUUAAGAUCACUUUUGUCGUGUUUUCUGUCAACCACAGCUUCAGACAUGUCAGUAUUUGUGGGGGAUCGCUUCAGCCAUACAAUAAUAACUGAUCAUCUUUAGCCCCAAACUGAAAGUCUUGGCCGCAGAGCGAACACGUCCUGCGGGAGGUACAGGGCCUUGCAAAAGUAUUCAGUGUUCACCUGUUCUGUUGCAUUACAACCAGGAAGUAAUGUGCAGUUUAUAUGGAUGCCAUUUAAUGGACCUAAAGAAAAUAGUCCAAAUUUGUGAAGUCAAAUAAAAAUAAAAAUUGUCAAAAAAACUGAAAAGUGCUAUGAAGCCACUAAUUAAGCUUGUGUGCUUCUAAUUACUCUCAAAAGUCACAUAAUUAGUUCAAUUGAGUCCACCUGUGUGCAAUCGAACUGUCACAUGGUAUAACGGAGCAACAUUCAAUCCAUUAGUACACAACAGACAGAAUAUUGCACCACACCAAACCUGCCAAGAGGGGACCAACGUUUGUUUCACCUAACCAAUUUUGACUAUUUUGUUUAGGCCUAUUACGUAAAAUCCAUUUUAAUUCCAGGUUGUAUUGCAACAAAAUCGGGGGCGAAUGCUUCUGCGAGGCGCUGAAUGCGAGAUGGAGACUGGCUCUGCAGGAGAUGGUAGGCUGUCAACACGGAGGAGAAACCACAAUCCUGAAGAGACGACAGACAGACGCGGUCUGUGAGAAAUUGCCGGGACUGGGUCAGCUUACCUUUUUACGGUCCCUGACUGGCCCCAUCGGUGUGAUUAUUGAGAGUAAACCUUGGAGGGAGAACAUCUCCCCCUCAGCAGCCAUCAUAACUGAAGAUUUGGAAAUCAAAUUGGUUUUUGGCCUCUUUUGGUGUAAGCAAUACUGUGAGUGAACUGGGUACAUGUCAAUCGCAGCUAAAUUAAAGUUUGUGCUGUCUGAUCUUUGAGAUGUCGGAUGAGUGGUCUGGUUUGACAGAAAUGUGAGCAUCAGAGAAACUAUGCUGGGAUGUGUUUUCUAUACUAGGAUGGAUGGAGCUUGUUACUACACCUAUACAAACACACACACAAUGUAAAUGUUAUAUAGAAGGAUAAAGGGCCAGACUGGUUUAAUAGCUUGGUGUCCUCUUGUUACUAAAUUGUUCUCUAAAUUCUCAAGUGAUGGGUAACAUUGGCCUUUUCUCCAGGUUCACUUUAUUGUAGUCGAUUCAGUCAAGGGUUGGUUUGUCACUCGCUAGCUAAUGCUGCUCUAUAUUAGAAAAAUAAAAACAUUUAAAACUGAUUGUUUAAAUGAAAAUUGAAACUGUAAUAUUGUUGCAUUUAAAGUAGUGCUUAUAGUGUUACUGUUCAAUGAAGACUAUGAGACAAAAACCCAACUUUAGUUUCAUUUCAAAGGCAAUUUAAAGUUAAGAUUUUCACAAAUGUGAUGUCUAAUGUUUUAUAUAAAUCAUAACAGUCUCUGAACCU